GAAAUACAAGUAUUUACAUGUUAUAUAACAUUCAAUCUCCCCUCUUACCUUUUCAUAAAACAAUCCAUUUGCAUUCACACAUUUUAAUCUCAAAGCAAAAACCAUGAACAACGACCAAAGCGCAGGGUUUCAAGCCGGCCAAGCCAAGGGCCAAGCCGAGGAGAAGGGCAACCAGCUGAUGGACAAAGCUGGCCAAGCUGCCCAGUCAGCCCAGGACUCAGCUCAGCAGGCUGGACAACAGAUGAAGGCAGGUGCACAAGGAGCAGUAGAUGCAGCCAAAGAUGCAACUGGCAUGAACAAAUGAACCUCUAGGGACCAUUUCAUCAACCAUCAUAACUAUCUAUUCAAUUAAUUUUACCAUUUUUUGUAUUUUAUUUUAUUUUGGUUUAUUUUUAUAUACACUCGAACAAAAAAGAGAAUCUUGAUGUACUCAAGCUCGUAAA